CAACCCUUUGCUUUGGCCGCCCAACGAGCAAGCGACGAUGCGUCCGUUGACCGAUGAAGAGAUGAAGACCGUCUUCGAGAAGAUCUCGAAAUACAUUGGCCGCAACGUGCAGCACUUGGUCGUGCGCCCGGACGAAAAAUUCUGCUUCCGCCUCCACGGCGACAUUGUCUACUACGUGAGCGAGAAGCUCAUGCGCCAGGCCACCAACAUUGGCACGGACCAGCUGCUCUCGCUCGGCACGGCGGUCGGCAAGCUCACCAAAACGAAGAAGUUCCACCUCCGCAUCACGUUCCUCGACUACCUCGCCCAGUACGCCAAGUACAAGGUGUGGAUCAAGCCCAACUCGGAAAUGUCGUUCUUGUACGGCAACAACGUGGUCAAGUCGGGCCUUGGCCGCAUCACCGAAGGCACGCCGCAGUACGCCGGCGUCGUCGUCUACAGCAUGAACGACGUGCCGCUCGGCUUUGGUAUCGCCGCGCAGGCCACCGAGAUGUGCAAAGACCUCGACCCGACCGGCUACGUCGUCUUGCACCAGGCCGACAUUGGCGAGUACCUUCGUGUGGAAGACGAAAUGUUUUAAGUUAUUGGCGUCCAUGCGAAUAUAUAGAAUUUGUAUGACUA